AAGACUACCGGUAGUUACUCGUGGUUGAACGACAUUGUGAACGCGUCUGCUAUUGCAUGCCCCAAAAUUCAGAUCUUUCGCUUGGAUAUUAUAGUGUCAUGCAAUAAUAGUUGUGUUCACAAAAAAGUCGUUCAAUCCCGAGGAAUUGAGAUGUACGGUACGGUACUGGAUUUGUCCAUACCCCGCCCCCUAUCCUCAAUUCACAAAAUUUGCGUCGGAUCCUUGACGCGUUCUUGGAAAAGCUUCAAUCAACUUUUUUGGUUGGGAUUGGGGCAAUUUUUCAAUUUGAUUUCCUACGCUCAGUCCUAAUGGACGUUGAGAUGACUCUCGGAUGACUUCGCCAAGAGGUUAUCAUACGGGUCCGACCACUCGAUUCUGAUAGGGCUAAUUUCCAACGGGGAAAAUGCUCGGGUAUUCGCUCCCGGGCUUAUUCUAGAAGAGUUUAAAAAAGCCACACUUCGGCACAAUCUUCAAGGGAUACAACGGGGGGGCUCCUUGGCAUUAAAUCCUUAGGAGAAAAAGUAUGAUAGGCCUGGCUUCAAUUCCCGCUUGUGUCGGAGUUUUCUUUAUCACGGAACCUGAGCCAUCAUAACCUUGUUUUUACUCGCAAUUUUUAAUUAGGAUAUAUGAUAAAUUUUUUUUUAAAAAAAAUGCAAAACAACUUGGAUGUGAUCGGGAUUUGAUCGGGAUUUGAUCGGGAUUUGAGCAUAGACGGGUCUUUUUUCCUGAGGAUUUGAUGCCAAGGAGCCCCCCCGCUGCAUCCCUCUUUGGCGCCUCAUCUGUAGGGCACGAACCGUACCUGUGCAUGAGAAAGGUGGUGUUGAAGUUGGAAAUAACUACUCGAGUAUAUCAUAUUAAGCCCCGCUUCGUUUUUUUCUUUCCCUUCCCCCCCCCUCCGUCAUAAUUGGGAAGAAAAAAGGGCUAUUGCUAGGUGUCUUUUUCAACGAAAUGCAGUAUUAUGAUGGGCUUGUUUUUGGGUAACCCAAAGAGGAUCCUAGGGAUAUGGUAGGCGCGGAAAAACUUUGUCAUACCUCCGCCAUGACUGGUUUACUCUAGGCCUUAAACAUUCAACGUUAGGAAGGUGGGUUCGACGGCAUUAAUGGGAAAGGGACAGACUUUCGAUGGAAAUAAAGGGAGCUAAUGUGGCAAACCUGCCCCGGGUGCCGCUUAACCGAGAACUCUUUCGCACAUAAAUUGAGAAACCAUUUGCUCCUCCCAUGGACGAAGCAUCCUUAAAUCGGGAAAAUGACAGGCCAGAGUCUCGAGAGAACCGUUUCCAUACGAACAUUCCAUGGUGAGGACGCUGGGGCAACGGAUUACUCAGAGCCUCUACCAGUCGAAGCUAUGCGAGUAGAGGGAGUUGUUGAACGGGAUAAAGAUGUUAUUUAUUGGGAGCAGGGUGAUCCUGACAAUCCGCACAAUUGGUCAAAUGGCAGGAAAUGGGUUGUCUCCCUGAUUGGUAUACUGAUGGUUUCAAACUCAACAUUUGCAUCAUCGCUCCCCGCCGGUGCUAUGUCGUACAUAAGGAAGGAUUUAGAUAUUACCAGCCAGGAAAUCAGUUCUUUGACAAUUUCCAUCUUUUUGGUUGGCUACGUUGUCGGACCCAUAUUCUUCGCGCCGGUCAGUGAAUUCUAUGGCCGGCGGCAUGUGUCUAUUGUAGCAUUUUUAUGGUACUCUAUUAUGAGUAUUGGUUGUGCCCUUGCGCCAAAUAUUGGUGCGCUGCUGGCGUUUCGGUUUUUGGCGGGUACUGGAGCGAGUGCGCCGUUGAGCGUCGCUGGUGCCCAAAUGGCGGAUCUUUGGGAUGACCCUGUUAAGCGGGGGAGAUUGAUGGCUGUGUUCUGUGCCUGCACAAUGGUAGGGCCAACUCUCGCGCCAUUCAUCGGCGGCUACAUUUCAGAGACACAGCUGGGCUGGCGGAUGACAUUUUGGAUCGGCUUCAUCAUAGCUGCCAUAUCCUUCAUCCCCCUAGUCCUCUUCUGCCCGGAAACCUAUGCUCCUAUUCUCCUUCUCCGCCGCGCUGAGAGGAUUCGCGCAGAAGGCGAUAUACACGCUGUGGCGCCACUUGAACUCGAUGACCGCGAUCUAAAGAGAAUCCUUGCCACCACCAUAACCAGACCUUUCCGCAUGUUCUGGCAAGAGAGCAUCGUUUUCUUCACAAGUAUGUUCCUAAGCCUCCUUUACGGCACAUUCUACCUCUCCUUCCAAUCCUUCCCAAUGAUCUACCAAGACAUAUAUGGCUUCACGCCCGGUACCGUUGGUUUCUUCUUCCUCCCCCUAGCGGUAGGGGCGGGCCUCGCCUGCGCGGUGGGCAUAGCUUGGGACUCCUACUGUCACCGCAGGCAAAAGCAAAACCCCAACGUGCCCUUAUCCCCCGAAUUCUGCCGACUUCCCAUCGCCCUCAUUGGCGGCCUGGCGUACUGUACGAGCCUCUUCUGGCAAGCCUGGACUGCGCGCGAAGACGUUCAUUACGCCAUCCCUGCUCUCUCAGGCAUCCCUUUUGGGUUCGGCUUUUCCCUUGUUUUCCUCGCCUUUAUGAAUUACCUUACCGACGCCUACGAGAUCUAUGCUGCGAGCGCUCUGGCCGCAGCGAGUAUGUGUCGGUCAUUUCUCGGCGCGGCAUUCCCGCUGUUUGGUAAGACUAUGUAUGACCGCUUGACGAUCCCCUGGGCGUCGAGCCUUUUGGCGUUCGCGGCGUUGGGGAUGUCGUUUAUUCCGAUUUUGUUUAUUCGAUAUGGGGGGAAAAUCCGCGCUGGGUCAAGGUUUUGUCAAUUCCUGCUGGAGCGAAAGAGGAUCCAACAUGAGGAGGAGCAAGCACGCUCAGCUUCGGGAGCCGCGUCGAGGGCUCCGUCCUUCAAGGGGUUGGCUCUGGAGAAGGAGGCUGUCUAGCUAUCUAGCUGGCAUUUUAACCCCUUCUUUCCUUUGUUUCGUGUCAUCUCAUCACUUCACCCAUUCACGGCAUUUGGAGUUCGGGAAGGUUCAUCCUAUUCAUAGAACAACAUAUACACUACGGCACAGCUUAAAUUAAUCUUGAUGAAAGGUUGGAA